AUGGUUCUCCAGUGUGCAUCAUGCCGGCGGCGAGCUCCUCCGGGCAGCAUUGACUGCCCAUUCUGCAUUCCACCGACGAGGGGAAUGCACACCCAGGGUCAGUACGACGAGUACACCCAGCAACACCAGCUCUCGUUCCACGAACAGCAGCGCUCACACCCUGCACCACGGCAACCUCCACCGCCUUGUGCUAGUCCGUUUGGAGCUCCCCGGCCGUUGCGACCUUAUCCGCCACCGUCCGUGGGGACGUCGCGACAGGCUUCCCAGCAGCACCAGGCGUAUUAUCCACCACAACAACCCGCACAUGACUUUAGACAGCAUUUUGGACCUCAGGAAUACAGACAGAGUCAUUAUGGAGAAUAUCAAGAAGAGUAUAACCAGGAAAAAUACGGACAGGGUCAUUACGGAGAAUAUCAAGAAGAGUAUGACCAAGAAGAAUACGGACAGGAUUAUUAUGGAGAAUAUCAGGAAGAGUAUGACCAAGAAGAAUACGAUCGAGGACCAUACAAUCAUGGCCUCUAUCAAAACUCGGACAGCUAUGACAUGCAAAAUUCCCAAAGCUAUGCACCUCCAGGCGGCUCCCAUGGCCCCGCUUCUUCUUAUUUCCAAUCCUCUCGGGGCACUUCGCUUCGUGGAAACGGAAACCGAGGUCGGGGCUCGAGCUCAGGGCGUGGCCGCGGCGGUAGAUCUCGCCACCCGAGGGACAACGGAGCCUCCGUGCAACAAGAAUUUCGUCACCUCGAAACAUAUGUAGAAGGCAUGGUCGCUAGAGCUGUGAGCCAGCUGUCGGUAGCAGUUUCCAGUCUCCAAAGAGUGCAACCCGGUCUGCCCGCCACCACACCCAGUCAACCAGGCCCCACGGUUCCGCCAGCGACCUCAUCUUCUGUCCCUGCGCUUGGUCAAGAGCAAGGUGCGCCUGGUCAGCCUCAAGCCCCAGGUCCAGUGCUUCCACCACCGCCUAACCCUUCACACAACGUUGGCGGAUGGGGAAAGGCUGGAGACCCGCCUCUUCCACCGAGCACAGCACCGCAGAUGGGAAUUCACCCACAAUCAAGUCAUGCGAGUUCCCAAGGGGCUCAUCCAAACCGCCCAAGAACACCGCUCCCAGAGUCUGAUCUGCUAUUAAAGGUUGACCGGGGCAAAGCUCGUUUCAAACCUUUCGGUACCGCCAUCUGCUCACGCUGGAAGGGACCUCAUCCAGCGAAGAUUCAUGAGGUCGCACAAAAUAUGAUUCAGGUCUUCAGGCCAAAGGGCGAUGCUUCCAUCAAAGAAAAAUGUGGCAAUUGCGAAAACCCGGGACAUCUGAUGGAAGAUUGUGGAUGGGGAGAGUGGAAUGACCAUCCCUGGAACCCUCCACUUCCAGCUGGAUACGAACAGUAUUCCCGUCCAUAUCCACCCACCUUCCAUCUUCAGCCCUAUCCCAGAACACAUUAUUUCCCCAGCAGAUUUGGCCCUGAAGGCUACGCAUUGCCACUUCCACCUGCUUUGAGAUCUGGUCUUGUCGGUCUUGUGCACGUCAGGAAGGGGCAGCUGUACGGAAUUGAAGAGCUCGAGGCGAGGGCGACAAAUGCCAAGCCACCAGUACACGAUCCAAAGAAGCACAAGCCAUGGUAUGGGUUCAGGCCAGAUGGGAAACCCAAAUAG